AAAUAUAUAAUAGUUGUCUAAUAUACCAGUUACCUAGUUAUCAGCAAAACUCUUUGUGCACAGUCAAUUUAUAUUUAUGAAUAUUCCUGUGCACAAAGCCGCGGCUAUUAAUUAGAAAAAGCUCUCCAAAUCCAAACGGGGCUGGAUAAUAAACACUGCAUUAGGAGUAGAGAAGAAAGAGGAAUUUUGGUAGCUAAAGUGGGGCAAGGCAAGGCAAGGAAUGGAAAAAAUAUCUUGUGCUCCAGCCAGCGUGGCAUCGUUGACCUGAGCCCAAUCCAAUCCACAGAAUCGCAUCGCAUUGCACAUCCGCACGCAGUAAUGAAAAGGAGGAAACCAGGGAAAGGCGGAGAGCGAAGCCACGCCGUCGGAUUCUCCCCAUCCGAAUCUGGAGGAAAUAUCUCCAGUCCUAAUCAGCUUCACUCCUGCCCCGAAAAGAGCACCGUAAUAUCGAUCGUGCCACUCCAAAAGAGCGCCCACGGACGGCUCGGAUCCAAAAGCGCACCGCCGAAUCAAAAAUAUCGGGCUAACCGGUCCACGUGGACCGCCCCACCUCCCUUGGCCUUUUUUUUCUCGCGCUUUAUUCUCCUUUCCCCCCUCUUUUUUAUCAUUAUUUAUUUCUCCUCCUCUUCCUCAUCGCCACAGCUCAACGAAAUAUCUUCUCACCCACCGCCUCUCCCCUCUAUCUCUCUCUCCGGCCACCGCCGAUUCGAGCUCCGAUUAGCUGUCUCCGCGAGGUUGGGUGCUUCGAGACUGAGAAACCAAUCGAUUUUGGGAUUUGAUUGGGAGGAGGAGGGAGGGUCGUUUGAUUGAGUGAAAUCAGGUGGUGGUGGGUAUGGGGGAGGAGGCGCCGGAGGAGUACGACCUGGACAUGCUGGGCGGCGGAGGCGGGGAGCACGAGCGGGUGAUGGAGUGGGAGGCGGGGCUCCCGGGCGCCGACGAGCUGACCCCGCUGUCGCAGCCGCUGGUGCCGGCGGGGCUGGCGGCGGCGUUCCGCAUCCCGCCGGAGCCGGGGCGGACGCUGCUGGACGUGCACAGGGCGUCGGCGGCCACCGUCUCCCGGCUGCGGCGCGCGUCGUCGUCGUCGUCGAGCUCGUUCCCGGCGUUCGUGUCGAAGGGAGCGGGCGCGGGCGCGGAGACGGAGGCGGAGUCGGGCGCCACCGCGGGGGGAGCGGGCGGCGGCGGAGGAGGGGAGGGGGGCAGCAAGCGGGCGCGGCUGGUGUGGACGCCGCAGCUGCACAAGAGGUUCGUGGACGUGGUGGCGCACCUGGGGAUGAAGAACGCGGUGCCGAAGACGAUCAUGCAGCUGAUGAACGUGGAAGGGCUGACACGGGAGAACGUCGCCAGCCACCUGCAGAAGUACCGGCUGUACGUGAAGCGGAUGCAGGGCCUCUCCAACGAGGGCCCUUCCCCCUCCGACCACAUCUUCGCCUCCACGCCCGUCCCCCACGCCGCCCUCCACGACCAGGUUCCCUACGCCAUCCACCCCCACCCCCACUACAACGCCUACGCCGCCGCCGUCUCCUCCUACCCUCACCACUACCUGCACCACGCCGACAAGUGAAUGAAUCCUCAUCCUCCUCGUUUGAUUGGAGUAUUACUGCUCGUAUUAUCACUCUACUAUAUGAUUCAAUAAGAGAGCAACGCAAUUGUAAACUGUUACCCCUGUUAAGGAUAGUAGUUAAGUUAACCACAAUCAAGCAAGUUUGUUGUGCAUAUAUGUAUGUAUGUGUGGCGGUAAAUUGUAACUGUUAUUAAUUGAUGAGUCUGUCUGUAAUAUGAGCCUGCCUGACACCCCCAGGCUUCCUUCCCCCUUCAAUUUGGUGGAAUCCAAACAAAUGAUUCAUACU